AUGGCUCUUCCAUACUUCCACUCAAGUCCCUCCCGAGCUAGCGAGUCCCCUUCACGCUUCUCAACCGUCCACGUCAACGUGCGCUCCAUGUUGCGAAGCAGCUCAGUAUACUCGCGACCUACCGUCUCAGCCUCGAACAACAGCACUCCCAAGAUACCUCCAUUCGGGUUCCUACGCCGACAGAACAGCCCACCAAGCGCUCCACCACCACAACCAGAAAUUAUCGAAGUAUCCCGAGACUCGCUCUAUUCUGACGCGCACAUCCAGUCGAGACACCCAACGACCAUAUGGAGCCCCGCAUACAGGGACGAGGAAGAGGUGUUAGUCUUCAACGAGCCGGAGCCUGCGCAUACGCAGCGGCCCCGACAGUAUUCGGCUGUCGAUGAGGAGACAGAGCAACUGGCAGUCUACAUCCAACGGCAGGCGCGGCGGCGACAGCGGCGCGCAUGGGUGCGAAAGCGGAAGGGCGGAUCUAAAGGCUUUCCACCAGGCCGCGCGGCGGUGCGGAGAAAAUGCAUACUUUGCGUUAUCUCAGGCACACUGCUCACCGUCAUCCUCACCAUAUACCUCGCGCUCACCCUAACAAGCGAUCCCGUCCCUCAAGAAGUCCACAUUCUCGGCCUUCUCGGCAUCCUAGCCACCACCAUCGUCUUCGCCCACUCUCUCAUCCGGCUCUGCAUGCUAGCCCAGCGCCCCGCCAAAGUCUCAUCCCAACGACGCGUAGCCGGGCGCAACGGCCGCGAAGGCUUCGUCCCUGAAGAACCGAUACCGGUAUACCUAGCCCAAGACGAGGAAGGCAGUGAACACGAUCACGACCACUUCGAGGCCGAAGCCGACAUCCUGUGCGAGGAGAAGGAAGCCGCGACGGUAAAGGCGCCGCCGCCUGCGUACGGGCUUUGGAGGCACAGCGUGCGCGCUAACCCGGAUUUCCUGCAUUGGGUUCCUGCACGAUCAAUCUCGAAGACCGCGCCGCGGGUGGGCAGGGAGACUGUGCCGGUGAAGCGGCAGGCGACUGGGUCGAGUGGAGCGAGGCCGCCGUCGUAUGCUUCGGACGAUGGGGUCGCGUAUGUUGUUCAGGCUGUGCCCAGGUCAACGGCGCCUGGGCCGGGAGUGGUUGCGGUACAUCCGGCGUAUAGGUACUGA